AUGUACGUCGACGGACGGGGCUGGGUUGAAGGUGCAGCCCGAUGGGCUUAUUAUUGCCCAGCCUGUCAGGAUCAUCACGAGACCGAACUUCUCAACCAGACCCUCGACAAGAUGCGCAAUGCCAUUCACCAGCGCGACGCUGAGAGAAAACACCAGUCCAAGUCUCAAUGUGAACACUGGCUUGAACGGUGUUGCUCGAUGAGCACCUACACAGGAACGUGUUGCGCUUGCGCUGAUCGUCGCUCUGGUACCCGAUCUGAGUUGUACCCAGCUUACGUGGAUGGGGAAGGCUGGGUCACCGAGGCCACGAGGUGGGCCUACUAUUGUCCUGGUUGCAAAGACUUCGAGUCUUCUCUUAACUAUACAGCUUCGGUCUCCACCGAAGCUGAGCCAAAGCUUGUCGUUCAGGCGAAACCGGUGGAUCAGUCCUCUACGAACCGGCGUUUUUCGGGCCAAUGUCGCCAUUACGCAACGUGGAAAUGCUCCUUGACCUCUACCAAUGGGAAGUGUUGUGCCUGUUCGGACGCAAGACAAGAGUCCAAGACAGGUCUCUAUGAUGCGUACGUCGAUGGAGCCGGCUGGGUUGAGGAGGCCGCGAGAUGGGCCAGUUACUGCCCUGGUUGCGUCAGAAACUAUGGAGGUGAUAGUCAAUCAAAUGCUCCAUCCUACACCAUGUAUGUCGACGGAUCAGGUUGGGUCAUGGGUGCUCUGAGAUGGACAUAUUACUGCCCCGGGUGCAAGAACAUUUUUAUAUAUGACAAGUCCUUCAUUUUAGACACCAGCUCGAUCGCAAGGAGCAAGAGAUCGGUGUAUUGGAGGGGUAAUGCAACGACUCAGAGAAACAGCAUGAGAAAUAUCCGCCAAGUAGACACAGACAAGAUAGCCUAUCAAUUCUUUGGGCCACGUUGA